UUUUCAAUAUUUAUUAUCGCGGAAAGUGCCAGAUGGUCCCCGUUACCGUUGCUGCAGCUUCUGCCGAUCUAUAAAGUUUUUUAAUUGCGUGGAAUCCGGUAUCCAAACCCAGCAGAGUGCUGUGUAGGUAGUUCCAUGGACGGAAAAAGGAAACCCCUAGCAACUCUAAACAGCAGUAAUGUAUCGGAGCCACCAAAGAAAAAGCACGUAGUGCUAACGCUUCAACAGAAGCUGCAAGCGAUUCGGAGCGUUGAGAACGGAUCAACAGUAACGAAAGUUUCUCGGGAGUAUAACAUCGGAAGAACUACGCUUCUGGGUUUCAUCAAGAACCGGGAGACCAUUGAGAACACCGCCUAUAAAUACCAGGAGACCGGCGUGACGGAACGGCGCACGAUGAAAACAGCAAAGCUGGUUGCACUAGAGGAAGCUCUGUAUCUUUGGAUCUUACAGGAGCGUAGGAAGAAGCAUAUAUUAAUCCCGGAGAUAACUCGGAAUGUUUAUGAUUUGGAUGUUCAAUUUUCGUCGAGCAACGGAUGGUACGACAGAUUUAGGAAGCGGUACGGAUUGAAGAUGAUUGGUGUUGAAGGCGAACGUGCUUCUGCGAACGUUAAUGCUUUCGAACAGUUUAAAGUUAAUUUCAUUCAACAAAUUCAGGAGAAUCGUUACGAGAAAUGGGAAAUUUAUAAUGCUGAUGAAUCGGCAUUGUUCGUCAAGCUACUUCCUUCUCGCACAUUGGUCUUGAACGACGAAGACAUUGCCGAAGGUAGGAAGGUGAUUAAAUCAAGAAUUACAUUUAUGCCUUGCUGCAACAUUGACGGCUCGAAUAAACUACCUCUGAUGUUCCUGGGUACGUCUCAGAAUCCACGUGACCUGCCCAAGGGCAAGUCUGACCUUCCAGUAUAUUACAAAAGCUCGAAGAAGGCUUGGAUGAACCGAGAUUUGUUUAAACAGUGGUUCUUCGAACAGUUCAUUCCCUCGGUACAGAAUUUUGCACAGCAGAACGGACGAGAACCUAGAGCGUUGUUACUCCUAGAUAAUUGUUCGGCGCACCACGAUGGUGGCAACAUUCUCGAAAGCAAUGACGGGAAAAUAAAAGUGAUUUUCCUUCCACCAAAUGUCACCUCACUCGGUCAGCCAAUGGAUCAAGGAGUACUCCAUGCGGUGAAGAAACGGUACAAGAAAAAACUCAUGCUUCAUUUGCUUCUUGAUGACACCGACUGCAGUAUCUUUGAAGAAAGGCUUAAGAAAAUCAGUCUGCGCCAAGUCAUUGACUGGUUACAUCAAUCAUGGGAUGAAAUCUCACAUAAGACAAUUGAGGGUUCAUGGAAGAACCUUCUAGAUGAAUAUCCGCUCUUCGAUCUAGAAGAAGCUGAAAGUGGGUCGUUAGAUAAUGACGUAUUGUCUCUUGUGAAAGCUACAGCACAUUUCUACCAGGAGAAUCCCAUAUGUGACAGCAAAGGGAACAAAAUCAUCGGUGAUUGUGAUGUGUACACUGACAACGAAAUUUUGGACAGCGUUCUACAUGAGAACAAAGCGGAACCCCCCGAUGAGGAGUGGUUAGAAAAUUCGUCUAGUGAGCCGUUGCUUGUUAUUGAACCAUACGAAGAGGCAUAUGAGAACCACCAAAAAUCAAUAGAUUGCGUUGAUUUCCUGAUCGAUUUAAUGGAUCACAGACGAGAUGCAGCGGAAUCUAUUCAACUGCGGAAAUUGCGAAGCAAGCUAAUUGAAUCGGAGUGGCAACGUCGUCAACGUUAA